GGAUGUUAACCUCUCGAGCGACGGCGGCGAGAUCUCUGCAAACGCUGAGAAGAAGUGCGCCUGAUCCGUUUCCCGCAGGACGGGCGCGAGAAGACAGCGAUCGAGGAGGGGCUUGGCUCGGGCCGAAGGAGAGACAUGUGGUCGAGCGUUCGCGGCGGAGCCUCGAGAGCCGCGGCGAGCGGCGGCGGCGGCGUCUUCGUGCGGUACUUCUCCCGGCAGCGAGCGGAGAACGUGAGGAAGAUAAACCCUAAGGUCCCGCCUCAGGAGGCCUACUCCAUCGCCCGCUCCCUCCACGACGUCAUCCGCCAACACGGUCCCCUCACCGUCCCCAGCACUUGGACUCGCGCCUUGGAAGCAGGCGUGAGCGGUUUGCAAAGCAAGACGCACAUGAAAUUGAUGCUCAAGUGGAUGAGGGGAAGGAAGAUGCUGAAGCUGUUCUGCAACCAGGUCGGUUCCAGCAAGAAGUUUCUUCUUUCUACCCUACCUGAAGAACCUCAAGACGAUCGAUCAACAAGUACGGCGGGGUUGAACCUGCAAACUGAGAAGCCCUCCUCGCACUCGAAGGGAAAAAGGAAAUCCCAAUAAACAUGUCAUUAGCUUGUGUGGACUAGGGAAAGCAUUCUCUUGGUAUUUGUCUUUACCUCUGGCUAUUUGCCUUCUUUUUCCAUAGGCGUCUUGAUUCUAAUUGGCUUCUGCAAUUUGAAAUGGAAAUGGAAUGAACCUGGGUGAGUUUUAGGCCAAUUGGGACUUCCUCUUCGCUUUUUCUGGGGCCAGCCAAAUAUAUAACUACUUAUUGUACCUCUUGCUCUUUGUCUUCGUUUGCCAGACAUCUAACUUCUCAUUGGCUUCUGCGAUUGAAAUGGAAUGGAAUAAUCCUGGCAAGUUUUAGGCCA